GCACACGCACACGCCCUUUCUCGCUCAUACAUUAUCUCCCUUCCGUUGAAUACUUAUUUUUUACUCCGCUGGCUCCGCUGCCCAGUUUCCAGCGUAUGCAAGUGUCCAGCCGAAAUAGACAUCAAGCUCAACAAAAUUAGUUAGUCGGAGCAGAUUGAACUUUUUCUGUUGCUGUCCAAGGGAACGUCGCUACUUUUCCUGAGCAGAAUCAUCUGUCCGAGCGAACUGCGGAGAUUGACAGUGAUUUUCUUCACCGGGAGUGAUUCACGGUUCGACCUGAAUUUGCAGGAGUGAUUGGACGACACACGUCUGUGCGCGGACGAUGGUGCGAUCGAAACUCUGACAACCCCCAAGUCACCACCGUUGGAAGCAGGAAAUCAAACUUAUAUUAUUUUGCGAUGUGAGUUAAAUUGAAAGGGAACAGCAGAAAAUACCAAAAAAUUUAGCGCUAUGGCUCACGGGGGAGGCGCCAACAGCGUCUUGUCCUCGGACAUCAGCCGCAGAAACCCGCAGGACGAGUACGAGCUGAUUCAACGGAUUGGAAGUGGCACGUACGGAGACGUCUACAAGGCAAAGCGAAUUAACAUGCAUGAGUUCGCCGCAAUCAAAGUGAUCAAGCUGGAGCCAGGCGACGAUUUUGGCAUCAUCCAGCAGGAGAUAUUGAUGAUGAAGGACUGCAGACAUCCAAACGUUAUUGCCUACUACGGCAGCUACCUCAGGAAGGACAAGUUGUGGAUCUGCAUGGAGUUUUGCGGAGGGGGUUCUCUUCAAGACAUUUACCACAUCACUGGUCCUCUGAGCGAGCUGCAAAUCGCAUACAUGUGCAAGGAAACUCUGCACGGGCUAUCGUACCUGCAUGCCAUGUGCAAAAUGCACCGAGACAUCAAGGGGGCCAACAUCCUGCUCACUGAGUCAGGUGACGUCAAGCUGGCCGACUUCGGCGUGUCCGCGCAAAUCACAGCCACAAUCAACAAACGAAAGUCUUUCAUUGGCACUCCCUACUGGAUGGCGCCUGAGGUGGCAGCUGUCGAGCGGAAGGGAGGCUACAACCACCUGUGUGACAUCUGGGCCGUCGGCAUCACAGCCAUUGAGCUGGCAGAGCUGCAGCCACCGAUGUUUGAUCUUCACCCGAUGAGAGCGCUCUUCCUCAUGUCCAAGAGCGGUUUCAAACCGCCAACUCUAAAAGACAAGGACAAGUGGAGUCCGAUCUUCCACAAUUUCGUGAAGACAGCACUGACCAAAAAUCCAAAGAAAAGACCAACGGCUGAACGCCUGUUGCUGCAUCCAUUUUUUGGCGGAGACCUGACUAAACGGCUGGCGCUGGAGCUCCUCCAGAGGGUCAGCAACCCACCUCACAUGUUCUCAGAGCUGGAUUUGGAUGAUGAAGGGGCUGUGUCAAAUGUUCCACAAAGAAUUUCGUCAAGGACGGCAGUAACAGUACAACAAAGAGAUAUCGAGCAAGGCAGUGUUGCAGACCAAAUACAAGCGCUGAGCACGCCGUCGCCACCGCCGCCACUUCCCACGACUUCUCCUCCUGUGAUGCACCCGUCAGAGGUGACAAGGCCGUGGGACAUCCUCAACAUCAGCACCCCGCCCGUCAGCCACACCUGUGAGGUCCACAACGACUGGUUGCACAGUAGCAUUCUCGACGAGCGCAAUGAAAAGAGUUUACUCCAAUACAUAGACGAGGAGCUGGUACUCAGGGGAAGCACGGCCACUUUGCAGGCUGGCAGAUAUUCUCAGCACGCAACUCUGCUUGCUGGAGAACCUUGUGAUUCAUCUAGUCAAGGCGAAAAGUCAUCAAUAGCGUCAGGUAAUAGGAGACACAGUGCUUGCGGUGGAAACCUGGAUGAGGAGGACCACCUGGACCCUACCGCCAUGCCAGGCUUCAGCAUUCAAGGCCCGAGGCAACGCUCGAUGAGCGACAGUUUCGGCAUGUCCAACAACGGCGACGUCAACGGCUCACGCGAGGCUGAAAACGAGGCUGGCGACAUUAUGCCCAACACGCCGCCGAUCCCUCCCACACGGCGCAACAGACGCAGACAUACGCCACCCAGAACGGUUACAAACGGACUCCCACCUACGCCGAAGGUCCACAUGGGCGCCUGUUUCUCAAAGGUGUUCAAUGGCUGCCCACUGCACAUACACUGCACCGCUAGCUGGAUUCACCCAGAAACGCGCGACCAGCACAUUUUGUUCGGCGCAGAAGAGGGAAUUUACAUUCUGAAUCUGACAGAACUGCACGACGCUGCCAUUGACCAGAUCUACCCGCGCAGGACAAUCUGGGUUCACGUCAUCAAGGACGUGCUCAUGUCGCUUUCAGGCAAGACGCCACAGCUCUAUAGGCACGACUUGCUAUCCCUCACGUCGAAGCAGUCACGCCGCUUCUCGCUUACGCGAAUCCCAGAGAGGCUGGUGCCGCGCAAGUUCGCGCUCACCACCAAAGUGCCUGACACGAGGGGCUGUGUGCGUUGCUGCGUCGGACGCAACCCUUACAACGGCUACAAGUACUUAUGCGGAGCAAUACCUUCAUCGGGCAUCUUCCUUAUGCAGUGGUAUGAUCCACUCAACAAAUUUAUGCUUCUUAAGCAUUUUGAGUGUAAUCUGCCAAUGCCACUCAACGUUUUUGAAAUCAUAAUCACUCCUGAGCUUGAAUACCCAAUGGUUUGUGUCAAUGUGCGGCAGUCCUAUAAUUCUGACGGACUCAAGCUGGACUUGAUCAACAUGAAUACAGGCGCCAGUUGGUUCCAUUCUGAUGAAAUGGAAGACAUGGAUGGCACAGCGACCGUGAUUCCACGACGGGAGAAUCUCGGUGCCGUUAGUGUCCACCAAAUGGACGGUGAUAGCAUUAUUGUUUGUUAUGAAGGAAAAGUUAAAGUUGUGACCCCCCAAGGAAAACUGAGAGUCAGCAAGAAACUUGUCUCAGAGCUCAACUUCAAUUUCAAAAUCGACUCAAUCGUCUGUCUGCCAGAUAGCGUGCUGGCAUUCCACAACCACGGCAUGACCGGGAGGAGUUUUAAGAAUGGCGACAUCACCCAGGAAAUCAUUGACCAAAGUCGGAGGUACCGGCUAGUGGGAUCAGACAAGGUUGUUGUGCUUGAGAGCCAAAGAGUGCAACCGCUGACGAGAGAGGGAACAUUGACUGACGAAGGCAAAGACCUGCACAUCCUGGCCGGCCACGAGGCCAGCUACUGAAUGCUGGACAUCACGCAAGGAUUUGAUGAAGCAAUUUGCCAAGAAAUGUGAUGAACUUGUCGCCCCCGACAUGAUGUUAAAUUAAUUCAUUCACGGCUCUUGACGAGAAACACGCCAAAGGGCUGGCAACACAUGCAGCCAUUUUAUCUUCACUCACUUCCUUUUUUAUUGUAUAUUAUUUGAUCGCACAACUCAUGCUCAAUACUAAAACUACCUAGUGCCAAGUAUUCUCUUCGUUUCACGCCACCCCAUAAUCAACCAUCCGCUGGUUUAGACACCCAGUGAUAUACCCACUGCUCAACGUACGGUUAGUUAUAUUGAUUGUGUCGUUGCAUUUUCUGUUCUGUCCGAUGCAUGUCUCGAAACGUGUUUCCCCCCAGAGAGAAUAUUGUUCAACCUGCAUGCUUGUAAAUAAUUAUUACACUGUUCUUGCUACAUACUAGACUUGUGUACAAGACAAAUACAACAUUAUUAAAGAAAAUAUAAUAUAUAUCACAAUAGCGUGUUAAGGAAAAGAUUUUACGCGAAAAUAUUGCAUUGUGCCCACUGUUAGAGCCACGCGGAUUCGACGCGUGCGUAAUUCCCAAAGCAAAGCAGGUUCGUUUCCUGAUAAAGACUCCGCCGUUUUCACUACUUUCUUGUUAUAUCAUUCCCGAUGGUUAAUAUUAAGUCGUAUACACGAAUACUUCGAUUUCCUGAUAUUACUUGAUGCGAUCAGGAGAGGUCAACAGGCAUUUAAAAUAGCUUUGGACGCUCUUGCCCUGCAUGCGAGUCCUGAUUUUGUGUGAGCUAACUAUUUCUUUUAUAAGAUUGGUUCCCGGUUGCAUUUAUUAAACACGUAAGACCUUCACACAAAAUAAAUCCAAUUUUUACAAACGAAAGCCUGAUGCAUCUCUCUGAAGUACUUGAUCUGUUUCAAGUAGCACAUCACUGCAGUAUCGUUGCAUAUCUAGUCUAGCUGUUUUAAGUCCCAAUUAUGGCUAAUAAAUACAUCAAUGAGCUGGUAA